CCCAACUACUCGUCCUCACCCCCACCCUAGUCGCCGCCCGCCCCCAGAUCUAGAUCUGAGCCUUCCGUGACCAGAUGAUGGCCGACGACCCGCCGCGGCGUCCGCCGUCGGCGCUAGCCAGGAAGAGCGCGCCGGCGCAGCCGUGGUCGCACGUCGAGACCAUGCACCUCAUAGACGCGUACGAGGAGCGCUGGACGGCGCUGCGCCGCGGCCAGCUCAAGGCGCACCAGUGGGAGGAGGUGGCGGCCGAGGUCGUCGCCCGCUGCGCCGCCACACCGGGGGUCGUCGCCCAGCGCAAGACGGGCACCCAGUGCCGCCACAAGCUCGAGAAGCUCCGCAAGCGUUACCGCAACGAGGGCGCCCGCCCCGUCACCUCGCUCUGGCCCUACUUCCGCCGCAUGGAUCGCCUCGAACGGGGCCCCCUCGCCGCCUACCCGGCCGCGGCUGGCUCCCCGCCUGCCGCCGACGGCGACGAAGAGGAUGAGGAGGAGGAAGAGGAGGAGGAAGAAGAGGAAGACGCGCAGGAGGAAGAAGAGGAAGAGGAAGAGCUCGUCCCCCGCAACAACCACACCCGGAGCAUCAACGGCAUCAUCCGGGAAUUCGGCACCGGCCUGGCCCCGCGACACCCGCAGCUGCAGCUCCACGCGCCGCCGUCUUCCAUCACGCCGUCCACCGCGCCCCCGCGCAAGAGGGUGGCCUACGAGGCGUUCCAGGCCAAGGCCGCCGCGGCGGCCAAGGCCAAGGACGACGACGACGAGGCCGUGGAGAUGGCCUACGGCGGCGGCUCCUCUGGGCGUGGGGCCGGCGCGCAGCUGUCGGCUGUGCUGAGGGAUUUCGGCGAGGGCGUGAUGCGGCUGGAGCGGCGGCGCAUGGAGGUGCAGUGGGAGAUCGAGCGCGGGUGGCAGGAGGCGGACGCCCGCCACGCCAGGAUGCUGCAGGACGCGCAGCGCCAGCUCCGCGACACCGUCGCUGCCGCCUGCGCCUUGCCGCCGAAGAAGGCCAGGAGGGACCAUGGAGACUCGUAGCAAUAGCAAUUGACACCGUCGUCGGUUAGUGAUGCUGAUGCUAAAAUGCUAGUAGCAGGGGAAGGCAUCCCAUCCCAUCCCAAUUGGAUGUUUCCUUCCACUUCUGCUCUGUUAGCAGGGAGGGAAGGAUGUACUUCUUUUAACUAUGUUUAUUUAUGUUAAUCUUGCGUUAUGGUGAACGGUGGCGACGGUUAGCAGGCUAAUGUGAUGAAGCUGAUUUUUUUUAGUGAAGUAGCUACUGAAUAUUUUUGUUUGUGUUGCUAAUUUUAUGUGGUUCGCUUUUA